GGUUGAAGAAACUGUUAUUAAUCAUUUUGUUAUCACUCCUGUAUGAUCAGCAAUGAAUGUAAAUAUGUAUAUAUAUUAUUUUGUUUUCCCCUAGCCUCAUACUUUAGAUUAUAUUAAUAAUAGCAUUCCCACCUUAGCAAAACCAGAACUUUCUCUCACCUCCCUAUUCUGCAUGACUCUUGCGCCUCCCACUGACUAUAAAUAAAGGAGCCAAGGGGAACCACCCUUUGUAACACAUUCUGCUGUAGUUUGCAUUGCAGAGAGUGUGGGUACCCUUGCAAGUAAAACUGUAACCUGUGUGUGUCUCAUAAAUGUGGAGUUGGGGUGGAAACGCCGGGCGCUUUCCCCAACAUAGAAUUUGGUCCUUCGAGCCGGAUCCGAGGAACCCCGAAGACGUCUCCAGUACGCCGAGAGAGGCGACACCGACAGCCACUCGAAGUCGGGUGCAAGAAAGACCUGUGAUGUGAAUUCGUCAUCAGGCCGGUGGUUAGAACUGCGCUCGACGUCUGGUGAUGUCUGAAGGACCUCGGUGACGGAACAGAGAGCACACUACAUAGGUGAGAAACACGGCACCUAAGUGAAUAGGUGGCCAAGUGAGAGAUACGGCACCUAAAUAAGUAGGUGGCCAAGACAUGCAUGUGGUUGAGGUUAGCCGAAAUUAACCGGGAGAGAAAGUAGGCGUUAUUGGAAAUAUAUAUAUUGAUGUAUGUGGAUGUGUUUUUAUAGGUUUUAGACUAACCUACACGAUCCACCCUAAAAGCAACAACAUACUGGUGACUGAAGGAUAAAGGACGGGUUUCAUCCCUGAAAACUAACACCGCUGCUCUAAUAGUGAGCAGUAGAAGGCCGUGUUGGUGUCCUCCUGAGGUCUCAUGCCAGGGACUUGCUUUUAGGAUUUUUUAUGUUUUGUAGUGUAUUCAAUAAAAGGUAACAAUGGGAAAAAAUCUGAGUAAACAAAUCAAAUUAGAGGGAGAUGAGAAGUUUAUGGAAGGAUAUAAACCAGGAUCAGGACAAAUAAGUAGUCAGAGAUGGAGGAAAAAACAUGGGUUUGAAGGAAAACUCCAUACUCCAGACAUAUUAAAGUUACAGGGAAACUUAAAACUGGAGAUGUUACAGACUACCAAUAAUAAAAAAGGCCAAGAUAUAAAAAAGGAAUACGUUUUCUCUGAUGCAUGGUUAGAACAGAGUAAACUAAGAGAUAAUAAGAGACAACAGAAAAAGGGAAAUAAGGAGAAAAAACUGCAGGUGGCUUUAAUCACACUAGACGAAGAAACGGCAGCAAGACCUUCUGCCCCUCCAGCUCCUCCACCGCCCCCACAAAUUCCGGUGCCUGCACCGGCGCUGGUUCCAGCCACAGAUAGACAAGAAGCAAGGGGGGGGGGGGUGGAACCAUCUCGCAUGUUAACUCGAGGGUCUGAUCCCUCUCUAUAUCCUGUAAAAGAUUUGGCCACAGCUAAAGUACAAUGGCAUCCAAAAAAUAACACAGAACAAGAGGAGGUAGAAUGGCAGUGUCCCCUCGUAGAAGUGGCAAAUCCAAAUCGAGGCCCAAAUAAUACAGGACCCGAAACUAUGUUAGUAUAUAGACCCUGGACCGCUGAGGAUAGAACAGCGGCUUUAAAAGGAAUACCCCCGGUUGAAGAAGGGGUACCCGAGUUUUGGACUGCCAUCCUAGAAUUACAAAGUAGUUUUCAUUUGAACGGCAGGGAAAUGUACCGAUGCCUAAGACAGUUGUUUACCCAUAAAUGGGGACGUGUAGCGGGAGACUUCACAGGAUGUUCUUACGAGAUUCCAUGCACAGUUACAAUGACUACCAACCCGUACCUGGCUCCUGUUGGAGCUAUGACAAAAAACACAAUGUGUGGCGGUUCCCUUUGGGAUGGAGAGUUCAAACCACUCUCACCACACACUUGCAGGACCCAACCUGACAAAUUUUUUCUGUUCUGGAGGGGGGAUCAUGUCCAGAUCUAGAUCACCUCCCGGAAGGGUUGUGGUCGUCCUCCCCCACUGAUGUAGGACUGGUAAAGGGGUUCCCACCAUACAAAGUAAUUGUGAAAUCAGAACACCGCCCGGUAGUUAGACAAUACCCGUUAAAACCUGAGGCAGAGAAAGGUAUAGCCCCUGUAGUGCAGGAUAUGUUGGCAUCAGGAAUAUUGCGAGAGGCUCCUGAGGCCACUUGCAAUACUCCUAUCUUCCCUGUCCAGAAGGGACAUACAGGGAAAUGGCGCAUGGUGCAGGAUUUAAGACCAGUUAAUAACAUAGUGCAACACGCAGCACCAGACGUGCCCAACCCACACUUAUUGCUCAACUCAUUAACCCCUGAUAAAAGUUACUUCUCAGUAGUUGAUCUCAGUAAUGCAUUUUUCUCAGUACCAUUACACUCUGAUUCUCAACAUUUAUUUGGUUUCACCUAUAAGGGAAAAAAAUACACAUAUACUAGACUCCCUCAAGGGUUUUCAGAAAGUCCACAUGUAUAUACCAUGGCCCUUAGAUAUUCUAUGAGUACCUGUAAAAUACCAUCCCAUAGUCAAGUGCUACUGUAUGUAGAUGAUAUAUUAAUUGCUUCAGAUACAAAACAGCAUUGUAAGGAAGCCACACUGUUGGUGUUACAGCAUUUAUAUGAUACAGGACAUAAAGCAUCAAAACAAAAAUUACAAUAUUGCAGGGAGGAAGUUAUAUAUCUUGGACAUAAACUCUCCCAACAAGGUCGAUCAUUAUUAGAAACUAGAAAACAGGCAAUACAAGAGGCACCAAAGCCAAAGACUAAACAGCAAAUGAUGUCCUUCUUAGGACUUUGUAAUUAUUGCAGAGAAUGGCUACCUGAUUAUGCCGCACUCGUUCAACCUCUGCAAACCUUAAUUUAUGGGAAAGACAUGGCCUUAAAAGAUAAAAUUCAGUGGACAAAAGAAGGAGAAUUGGCAUUCACAAACUUAAAAAUGAUGCUACAAACAAAUGUGAUACUUGCCUUACCAGAUUAUCAACAACCAUUUACCUUAUGUGUUGAUGCUAAUCAAGGUUAUAUGAAAGCGGUAUUAACACAGCCGUUCGGGACAAAGGAAAGACCACUAGCAUUCUAUUCUAAACGAUUAGAUGCAGUAGCAGCUGGUUUUCCACAAUGUUUGCAAGCAUGUGCAGCUGCUGCAGAAGCAGUAAAAUUAUCAGCAGAAUUAGUGUUGUGUCACCCACUCACCCUGAAGGUGCCACAUUCAGUUUCAUUAGUUUUACUGCAGACGCCGCUUCCGUUCCUCACACAUGCUAGACAUCUGACCUUAGUCUCACUCCUGCUUUCACAGUCAAACAUUACUAUACAGCGAUGUGGUCCUCUUAACCCUAGCACCCUUCUUCCGACAACGGAAGAUGGAGAGCCACAUUCGUGCAAAGCAGUUGUGGAAGAGCAAACAAAACCCAGAGCAGAUAUUUUACAGACCCCAAUAUCAGAUUCAAUGGUUGUUUAUGUAGAUGGAUCAGCAUCAAAAAAAUGAUAUGGAAAAAAAUAAGGUCGGGUAUGCUGUAGUUACAUCUACUGAAGUGUUAGAGGCCAAUGCACUCCCACCUGCUUGUUCAGCACAAGCGGCUGAACUCUAUGCUGUAAUUAGGGCAUGCGAGCUAUUCAAAAAUAAGUCACUUACUAUAUACACUGAUAGUCAAUAUGUGUUUGGAGCUGUUCAUCACCAUGCAAGAGUGUGGAAAAAUAGAGGUUUUAAAACAUCGCAGGGAACGUCUCUAACUCACACAAACUUACUACUUAGAUUAUUAGAUGUUGUACAAUUACCGACUCGCCUUGCACUGUGCAAAUGUAAAGCACACCAAACCGAUGCUUCCACAAUAGCUAAAGGAAACAACUUUGCAGAUAAAACUGCCAAAGAAGCGGCCCUGAAACAGCCCACCUUAUCAGUGGCAGACAUUCUUUUCAUAGAUAGUGAUGUGCUGUGUGAUGCACAGAUUUAUGCUCCUAAAACAGAAAUACAGAGUUGGAUCAAGAGAGGAGCAAUACAGCAAGGGAAAGUUUACUAUAUGAAUGACAAGCCCAUCCUACCAAAAAACUUAUACAAAACAGCUGCCUUAGUGAGCCAUGGAAAUACUCAUGUCUCAACAGGAGGGAUGGUACAUAUUAUCCAGCAAUACUUUUAUGCUAUAAAUUUUUCUGAUUAUGCAAAGCAAUUUUGUAGAACAUGCUUAAUUUGCUGUAAACAUAAUGCACAGGGUAACAUGAGACCAAAACGUGGCCAGUUCCCUGUAGCUGAGUACCCGUUUCAAGUUGUACAUAUGGAUUUUAUUGAAUUAUCUUGGUCACAAGGGAAGAAGUACUGUCUAGUCAUUAUAGACACCUUUUCUAAGUGGGUAGAAAUAUACCCUGUAAAGCACUGUGAUGCAAUGACUGUUGCAAAAUGUUUGGUAGGCCAUUAUUUCCCUACUUAUGGCAUACCUCAUAUUAUAAGAUCAGACAAUGGGACUCAUUUUGUAAAUCAGACCAUGUCCCUUUGUUCACAAGCAUUAGGUUUUACGCUUAAGAAUCAUUGUGCUUAUCACCCUCAGAGUGCAGGCUUAGUGGAGAGAACUAACGGCACUAUUAAAACAAGGCUCAGAAAAACAAUGGAAGAGACAAAAAGGCCGUGGCCAGAAUGUUUGUCUCUAGUAAAAUUGUGGAUGAGAAUAACUCCCAUUCCUGCAGGAUUAACACCUUUUGAGAUAGUGUACGGAAGGCCGUUUCCCCUAGCAACCGAAAUGAGUGAUAUAGGGAAAGCGGACAGAGAAAAUACAUUGGCUAAUUGGAUGCGAAAGUUGCUAUCAUCACAACAAAAACAUAGCCCCAGUAGUCUGCCAGUAAAUUCUGUUUCUAACCAACAGGAUAACUUGCAGCCAGGGGAUUGGAUCCUGGUCAAGGUCCUGUUGCGGAAGGAGUGGAGCACACCCCGGUGGGACGGUCCUUAUCAAGUCCUCCUCACAACACCAACAGCUGUGAAAAUAGCAGAACGACCUUCCUGGAUACAUGUUAGGUUGAAGAAACUGUUAGUAAUCAUUUGUUAUCAUUUCUGUAUAAUCAGCAAUGAGUGUAAAUAUGUAUAUACAUUAUUUUGUUUUCCUUUACCUUCAUACUUUAGAUUAUAUUAGUUUACACGUAUCCUGAGCACGUGUUUAAAUAGUUGUCCACCUGAGUAAAACCAGAACUUCUUCUUACUCUCACAGUCUUUUCUUUGUUCUCACUCCAAGACCCCUGCCCCCCAUUGACUAUAAAUAAAGGUGCCAAGGGGAACCACCCUUUGUAACACAUUCCUUUGUAGCCUAGCAUGCAGAGAGUGUGGUUACCCUUGUGCAAGUAAAACUCUAAGUGUGUUGUCUCGUAAUUAAUGGUGUGUACAGAGUUGGAGUGGAAAGCCUGUCGCUUUCUCCAACAUAUACUGUAUUGUAGUUUGGUCCUGUGUGCAGAGUUGGAGUGGAAAGCCUGACGCUUUCUCCAACAUAUAAUUUGGUCCUUCGAGCCGGAUCCGAGGACACCUGACGACAUCGCCAGCACGCCGAGAGGAGCGACACUGAAGCCUGCCGGCAGCCACUCGGAGACGGGUGCAAAAAAGACCUGUGACGUGAAUUCGUCAUCAGGCCGGUGGUUAGAACUGCGCUCGACGUCUGGUGAUGUCUGACGGACCUCGGUGGCGGAACACAGGCACACGGGACAGGAUAAUCUGCAGCCAGGAGAUUGGAUCCUGGUCAAGGUCCUGUUGCGAAAGGAUUGGAGCACGCCUCGGUGGGACGGACCUUAUCAAGUCCUCCUCACAACACCAACAGCGGUGAAGAUAGCAGAGCGACCUUCUUGGAUACAUAAGAGUCACUGUAAGCCCAUCAAGCCCGUAUCAGAGACCUCUGUACCUUCGGAGUAGCAGUGGAAGUCCGCUACAAAGGCGCAGCAAUCAAUAGGAUACUGACGUCUCAACCCGGUGAAGAAAACAGCUGAUCUGCACUCCAUUUAGAAUGGCUCUGAUUGGGUGGGGAUGUGGUAAGGUAACUCUCGGUGUAAUUCUCUUUAUGGGAAUUGUUGGUCUGCUUCUGCACUCACCAGAGCAGGUGUUUCGCCCACCUAGAUGGACACAUGACGGCUCCCACCUGAGACCUAUCUCCACAAAUGAGACCCAUCCUUUCCUACAAAACUACUGGUACCGUUAUGUUUAUGAUUCAGCAAAGAAAGACAAUUUAACUAAUUGUUAUGUCUGUACCCACAUGCCAUCUCAUGCCGAUGGAUUAACUAUAUAUGGGAAACCUAUGAAUAAGUCACAAGCAAAGUGUGCUGCCUCUUUUGCAGGUGUAGGCUAUCAGCAUGAUAAUAUAAAAAUAAAUGAUACAGAUCCAUAUACUGCUGGUUUGGAUAAUGGCGUAUGUGCACAGCAGUUUUGGAUCGAUUUUGCUAUAAAAGUGUCAAAUAUAUCCUUACCUUUAUCUGUCCACCUGAACAUGGACCCUAAAACAUUUAAUCACUCAAUGUGUUAUGACCAAAUGAACGGCACCCAUCAUAUGGGGAACACCACCAACUGUGCCCAAAUACUAGUACACGGAGAAGGUGCCCCGGUAAACAUAAGUGGAUCUAGUAAUGGCACCUACUGGGUGCAAGGAGUAGCUUGGUUAUGUGGACCCCGCGCAUAUUUCGUUUUGCCCUAUAACUGGUAUGGUGUGUGCGCUCCAAUCUUUGUGUCAGACCAUACUUUCCUGGUGUCACUGUCGUCUACACCAGCGAACCGCAGGCGCCGGUUCAUCAUAACUACAGCUUCUCUCCGUCCUCAUGACAGUGUCUGGGGUUCAGAUGUUCCCCAGGAGUUCAAACAUUGGUCUACAGACCAGAAAGUAUUAAUGUCUCUUUUUCCCUGGGUAGGAACAGCAAAGAAUACGUUACGAUUAGAAACUAUUGAUUAUCGUUUGGGGCUGUUCAUAAAUAACUCCAUCAUAAUAAAUGAGCAACAGAAUGGUGAGAUAGAUGCUAUUAAACAGAUGGUCAUUCAGAAUAGAAUGGUUUUAGACAUACUUACUGCUGCACAAGGUGGUGUGUGCGUGCUUUUAAAUAAUACCUGCUGUACAUAUAUUCCCGAUAAUGUGCACUCACCCAACAUGACUACAGCCUUGGACCGUCUGCGAGAACUUCAAAAGAUCAUGACCUUAGACCCUCAUGCUGGCCCCUCAUGGUUGAAUUGGUUUCUUACUGGGUCCUGGUGGCAGUUACUGCUAAAGUUCUCACUCCCCAUUCUUGUUACAUUAUUAUUUGUAUGUUGUUGUUUCAUUUGUAUUAUACCCUGCCUCCGUUCCAUGAUACAACAUACUUUUAGUUCUGUUUUUCUGCUAUACACUGCAGAAGAACGAAUGGAUUUACUAACCUUGUCUAGCCCUCUUAAUAAUGAUGAUGAUGUGAUCUGAAUGACGGUUGUGCUGAAAGUGUUUUUGCAAUUUGUACAAUACUGAUGCUUCUGAUCAUACUGUCAUGAUAAACAGGAGGGACUGUUAGGUUGAAGAAACUGUUAGUAAUCAUUUGUUAUCAUUUCUGUAUAAUCAGCAAUGAGUGUAAAUAUGUAUAUACAUUAUUUUGUUUUCCUUUACCUUCAUACUUUAGAUUAUAUUAGUUUACACGUAUCCUGAGCACGUGUUUAAAUAGUUGUCCACCUGAGUAAAACCAGAACUUCUUCUUACUCUCACAGUCUUUUCUUUGUUCUCACUCCAAGACCCCUGCCCCCCAUUGACUAUAAAUAAAGGUGCCAAGGGGAACCACCCUUUGUAACACAUUCCUUUGUAGCCUAGCAUGCAGAGAGUGUGGUUACCCUUGUGCAAGUAAAACUCUAAGUGUGUUGUCUCGUAAUUAAUGGUGUGUACAGAGUUGGAGUGGAAAGCCUGUCGCUUUCUCCAACAUAUACUGUAUUGUAGUUUGGUCCUGUGUGCAGAGUUGGAGUGGAAAGCCUGACGCUUUCUCCAACAAUACACAAAAGUCACUGUAAACCCAUCAAGCCCUUAUCAGAGGCCUCAGCGACAGAGUAGCAGUGGAAGUCCGCUACAAAGGCACAGUAACCAAUAGGGUGCUGCUGUCUCAACCCGGUGAAGAAAACAACUGAACUGCACUCUAUUAGGAUGGCUCUGACGGGGUGGGGAUGUGGUAAGGUGACUCUAGGGGUCAUUCUUGUUGUUGGACUUGUAUGGUUGUCCUUGCUCCCACUAGCUCCAUUGCAACACCUACGGCGAUGGACCCAUGACGACUUCCAUCUGCGCCCGUUGCCUGCUGACCACUCACACCCGUUCAUGAAGAACUACUGGUAUCGAUAUGUACAUGACACUGUAACAGCAAAAAAUGUGACGAAUUGCUAUGUUUGUUCUGUGAUGCCUACUCAUAGUGAACGACCCACUGUAUAUGGAAAACCCAUGAAUAUGUCACAGGCCAAAUGUGCCGCAUCUUUUGCAGGUAUAGGGUACCAAAGUAUUGUUUCACUUAUAUUUUCUUUUGUUUUGUUUUUUAUUUUGUUUUUCUGUUGUUUUAUAACUGUUAUACCAUGUUUGAAAAUGUUUAUUAAUCAAGCUCUUAAUGCUGCUUUUCGGACACACAGUACAAUGUUUCUCUCCCUUACUCAGAAUAUGGAGACAGAGCCUGUUUCCAGCGAUAGCGAUGAAGAAGACAUGUAAUUCAUAAUGACGGCUGAGCCGAAAGCACCCGUGCAGGGCUCGGACCUGAAGUAACGGAAUUAGAUGUUUUUCUAUGAUAAACAGGAGGAACGACUCCUGAUGGUUUUCUGUACUCCACAGUUAGGAUGAUGAUGAUGUGAUCUAAAUGACAGUUGUACUGGAAAUGCUUUUGCAACUUGUACAAUACUGAUGUUUUUGAUCAUACUGUCAUGAUAAACAGGAGGGACUGUUAGGUUGAAGAAACUGUUAUUAAUCAUUUUGUUAUCACUCCUGUAUGAUCAGCAAUGAAUGUAAAUAUGUAUAUACAUUAUUUUGUUUUCCCCUAGCCUCAUACUUUAGAUUAUAUUAAUAAUAGCAUUCCCACCUUAGCAAAACCAGAACUUUCUCUCACCUCCCUAUUCUGCAUGACUCUUGCGCCUCCCACUGACUAUAAAUAAAGGAGUCAAGGGGAACCACCCUUUGUAACACAUUCUGCUGUAGUUUGCAUUGCAGAGAGUGUGGGUACCCUUGCAAGUAAAAACUAUAAAGUGUGUGUCUCGUAAAUGUGGAGUUGGGGUGGAAACGCCGGGCGCUUUCCCCAACAUAGAAUUUGGUCCUUCGAGCCGGAUCCGAGGAACCCCGAAGACGUCUCCAGUACGCCGAGAGAAGCGACACCGAAGUCUGUCGACAGCCACUCGAAGUCGGGUGCAAGAAAGACCUGUGAUGUGAAUUCGUCAUCAGGCCGGUGGUUAGAACUGCGCUCGACGUCUGGUGAUGUCUGAAGGACCUCGGUGAUGGAACAGAGAGCACACUACAUAGGUGAGAAACACGGCACCUAAGUGAAUAGGUGGCCAAGUGAGACAUACGGCACCUAAAUAAGUAGGUGGCCAAGACAUGCAUGUGGUUGAGGUUAGCCGAAAUUAACCGGGAGAGAAAGUAGGCGUUGUUGGAAAUAUAUACAGUGUUCUAUGUGGAUGUGUUUUUAUAGGUUUUAGACUAACCUACACGAUCCACCCUAAAAGCAACAACAUACUGGUGACUGAAGGAUAAAGGACGGGUUUCAUCCCUGAAAACUAACACCGCUGCUCUAAUAGGGAGCAGUAGAAGGCCGUGUUGGUGUCCUCCUGAGGUCUCAUGCCAGGGACUUGCUUUUAGGAUUUUUUAUGUUUUGUAGUGUAUUCAAUAAAAGGUAACAAUGGGAAAAAUCAGAGUAAACAAAUCAAACUAGAGGGAGAUGAGAAGUUUAUGGAAGGAUAUAAACCAGGAUCAGGACAAAUAAGUAGUCAGAGAUGGAGGAAAAAACAUGGGUUUGAAGGAAAACUCCAUACUCCAGACAUAUUAAAGUUACAGGGAAACUUAAAACUGGAGAUGUUACAGACUACCAAUAAGAAAAAAGGCCAAGAUAGAAAAAAGGAAUACGUUUUCUCUGAUGCAUGGUUAGAACAGAGUAAACUAAGAGAUAAUAAGAGACAACAGAAAAAGGGAAAUAAGGAGAAAAAACUGCAGGUGGCUUUAAUCACACUAGACGAAGAAACGGCAGCAAGACCUUCUGCCCCUCCAGCUCCUCCACCGCCCCCACAAAUUCCGGUGCCUGCACCGGCGCUGGUUCCAGCCACAGAUAGACAAGAAGCAAGGGGGGGGGUGGAACCAUCUCGCAUGUUAACUCGAGGGUCUGAUCCCUCUCUAUAUCCUGUAAAAGAUUUGGCCACAGCUAAAGUACAACGGCAUCCAAAAAAUAACACGGAACAAGAGGAGGUAGAAUGGCAGUGUCCCCUCGUAGAAGUGGCAAACCCAAAUCGAGGGCCAAAUAAUGCAGGACCCGAAACUAUGUUAGUAUAUAGACCCUGGACCGCUGAGGAUAGAACAGCGGCUUUAAAAGGAAUACCCCCGGUUGAAGAAGGGGUACCCGAGUUUUGGACUGCCAUCCUAGAAUUACAAAGUAGUUUUCAUUUGAACGGCAGGGAAAUGUACCGAUGCCUAAGACAGUUGUUUACCCAUAAAUGGGGACGUGUGGCAGGCGACUUCACUGGACAUGGUGCCAAUAAUCAGCCCUUAGCACAUAACUCGCAGGAACUCAUACAAGCAUUACAACACCUGCGAGAGAGGAUAGACACAGUCUUCGUGAGACGUGCAGAUUAUGGGCGAAUAGCGCAGUGCAAACAAAAAGAUGGAGAGGAACCUGAGGAUUUUAUGGAUAGGAUGCGAGUGGUGUUCAGGGGAAAUUCAGGAAUUCCUCACGACGAGGAAGACGGAGGAGUGUAUCAGCAACAAUUAAAACGAGCUUUUUUUUUCGCAGGCCUAAAGUCUGAAUUGCGAAAAUAUCUCGACAAACAUUGGGUACAUCAGAAUACUGGCUCAGUCCAACAAGCCUUAGAAUAUGCCCAACACGCACAGAAAGCUCGGAAACAGCAAAAGACAGAUACAAUAUUCAGCGCCUCUGACGUGGUAGCGCUAGUGCAAACGAACCCUCGGGGACGCGGGGGAUUCAGAGGUAGAGGAAGAGGAAGAUUUAGAGGCCGAGGAAGAUUUAGAAAUAAACAAACAGGAGGGUUUUCUCAGGAAACAGAGUGUUGGACAUGCGGGAAACCUGGACACUUAAGCAGGGACUGCAGGUCAGGGAAGCGACCAUUUAAUCCAAACUCCACCGAAAAUGACCAAUGACCCUCCUCGGAGACCCCUGUUGCCGACACUAUCCGAGGUGAAACAGAGGUCAUUUUAAGGGAAGAAACGGAGGUUACCUUACAAGACCUCCUCAAUGAGGAAAUAGAUUUGCAAGCAGUAUGUCAGCUAUUAGCAGAAAGGCAGUGGGGAACUUUGCCAAGUCGGAAAUUAAUCAUAAAUGGCAAAGUAUACGAAUGCCUGUGUGAUACUGGAGCCUGUAGGACUGUCCUAACCUCCAGUCCUCCUGAAGUCACAUACUCCUCAUCUGUCAUAAAUAUAAAAACAGCAGGAGGCCAAACAGACAGUCAUCAGCUAACAAACCCAGUUGCAGUAAAAGAUAAGGAAACUGGGAUUGAAUGUCAAGCACAAGUGUUAAUAAGCCCUUCUUGCCCUGUCAAUCUGUUAGGCCAUGACCUUAUGGUACAGAUGGGCAUUAGUGUAGUUGCCACAAACUCUGGCAUGAAAGCAAUCAUAAAUGAGGAAGCCUAUGUUGUGCAAGGAACCGGAGCACCAGACGUGCCCAACCCACACUUAUUGCUCAACUCAUUAACCCCUGAUAAAAGUUACUUCUCAGUAGUUGAUCUCAGUAAUGCAUUUUUCUCAGUACCAUUGCACCCUGAUUCUCAACAUUUAUUUGGUUUCACCUAUAAGGGAAAAAAAUACACAUAUACUAGACUCCCUCAAGGGUUUUCAGAAAGUCCACAUGUAUAUACCAUGGCCCUUAGAUACUCUAUGAGUACCUGUAAAAUACCAUCCCAUAGUCAAGUGCUACUGUAUGUAGAUGAUAUAUUAAUUGCUUCAGAUACAAAACAGCAUUGUAAGGAAGCCACACUGUUGGUGUUACAGCAUUUAUAUGAUACAGGACAUAAAGCAUCAAAACAAAAAUUACAAUAUUGCAGGGAGGAAGUUAUAUAUCUUGGACAUAAACUCUCCCAACAAGGUCGAUCGUUGUUAGAAACUAGAAAACAGGCAAUACAAGAGGCACCAAAGCCAAAGACUAAACAGCAAAUGAUGUCCUUCUUAGGACUUUGUAAUUAUUGCAGAGAAUGGCUACCUGAUUAUGCCGCACUCGUUCAACCUCUGCAAACCUUAAUUUAUGGGAAAGACAUGGCCUUAAAAGAUAAAAUUCAGUGGACAAAAGAAGGAGAAUUGGCAUUCACAAACUUAAAAAUGAUGCUACAAACAAAUGUGAUACUUGCCUUACCAGAUUAUCAACAACCAUUUACCUUAUGUGUUGAUGCUAAUCAAGGUUAUAUGAAAGCGGUAUUAACACAGCCGUUCGGGACAAAGGAAAGACCACUAGCAUUCUAUUCUAAACGAUUAGAUGCAGUAGCAGCUGGUUUUCCACAAUGUUUGCAAGCAUGUGCAGCUGCUGCAGAAGCAGUAAAAUUAUCAGCAGAAUUAGUGUUGUGUCACCCACUCACCUUGAAGGUGCCACAUUCAGUUUCAUUAGUUUUACUGCAGACACCGCUUCCGUUCCUCACACAUGCUAGACAUCUGACCUUAGUCUCACUCCUGCUUUCACAGUCAAACAUUACUAUACAGCGAUGUGGUCCUCUUAACCCUAGCACCCUUCUUCCGACAACGGAAGAUGGAGAACCACAUUCGUGCAAAGCAGUUGUGGAAGAGCAAACAAAACCCAGAGCAGAUAUUUUACAGACCCCAAUAUCAGAUUCAAUGGUUGUUUAUGUAGAUGGAUCAGCAUCAAAAAAUGAUAUGGAAAAAAAUAAGGUCGGGUAUGCUGUAGUUACAUCUACUGAAGUGUUAGAGGCCAAUGCACUCCCACCUGCUUGUUCAGCACAAGCGGCUGAACUCUAUGCUGUAAUUAGGGCAUGCGAGCUAUUCAAAAAUAAGUCACUUACUAUAUACACUGAUAGUCAAUAUGUGUUUGGAGCUGUUCAUCACCAUGCAAGAGUGUGGAAAAAUAGAGGUUUUAAAACAUCGCAGGGAACGUCUCUAACUCACACAAACUUACUACUUAGAUUAUUAGAUGUUGUACUAUUACCGACUCGCCUUGCACUGUGCAAAUGUAAAGCACACCAAACCGAUGCUUCCACAAUAGCUAAAGGAAACAACUUUGCAGAUAAAACUGCCAAAGAAGCGGCACUGAAACAGCCCACCUUAUCAGUGGCAGACAUUCUUUUCAUAGAUAGUGAUGUGCUGUGUGAUGCACAGAUUCAUGCUCCUAAAACAGAAAUACAGAGUUGGAUCAAGAGAGGAGCAAUACAGCAAGGGAAAGUUUACUAUAUGAAUGACAAGCCUAUCCUACCAAAAAACUUAUACAAAACAGCUGCCUUAGUGAGCCAUGGAAAUACUCAUGUCUCAACAGGAGGGAUGGUACAUAUUAUCCAGCAAUACUUUUACGCUAUAAAUUUUUCUGAUUAUGCAAAGCAAUUUUGUAGAACAUGCUUAAUUUGCUGUAAACAUAAUGCACAGGGUAACAUGAGACCAAAACGUGGCCAGUUCCCUGUAGCUGAGUACCCGUUUCAAGUUGUACAUAUGGAUUUUAUUGAAUUAUCUUGGUCACAAGGGAAGAAGUACUGUCUAGUCAUUAUAGACACCUUUUCUAAGUGGGUAGAAAUAUACCCUGUAAAGCACUGUGAUGCAAUGACUGUUGCAAAAUGUUUGGUAGGCCAUUAUUUCCCUACUUAUGGCAUACCUCAUAUUAUAAGAUCAGACAAUGGGACUCAUUUUGUAAAUCAGACCAUGUCCCUUUGUUCACAAGCAUUAGGUUUUACGCUUAAGAAUCAUUGUGCUUAUCACCCUCAGAGUGCAGGCUUAGUGGAGAGAACUAACGGCACUAUUAAAACAAGGCUCAGAAAAACAAUGGAAGAGACAAAAAGGCCGUGGCCAGAAUGUUUGUCUCUAGUAAAAUUGUGGAUGAGAAUAACUCCCAUUCCUGCAGGAUUAACACCUUUUGAGAUAGUGUACGGAAGGCCGUUUCCCCUAGCAACCAAAAUGAGUGAUAUAGGGAAAGCGGACAGAGAAAAUACAUUGGCUAAUUGGAUGCGAAAGUUGCUAUCAUCACAACAAAAACAUAGCCCCAGUAGUCUGCCAGUAAAUUCUGUUUCUAACCAACAGGAUAACUUGCAGCCAGGAGAUUGGAUCCUGGUCAAGGUCCUGUUGCGGAAGGAGUGGAGCACACCCCGGUGGGACGGUCCUUAUCAAGUCCUCCUCACAACACCAACAGCUGUGAAAAUAGCAGAACGACCUUCCUGGAUACACAAAAGUCACUGUAAACCCAUCAAGCCCUUAUCAGAGGCCUCAGCGACAGAGUAGCAGUGGAAGUCCGCUACAAAGGCACAGUAACCAAUAGGGUGCUGCUGUCUCAACCCGGUGAAGAAAACAACUGAGCUGCACUCUAUUAGGAUGGCUCUGACGGGGUGGGGAUGUGGUAAGGUGACUCUAGGGGUCAUUCUUGUUGUUGGACUUGUAUGGUUGUCCUUGCUCCCACUAGCUCCAUUGCAGCACCUACGGCGAUGGACCCAUGACGACUUCCAUCUGCGCCCGUUGCCUGCUGACCACUCACACCCGUUCAUGAAGAACUACUGGUAUCGAUAUGUACAUGACACUGUAACAGCAAAAAAUGUGACUUACAAAAAGUGAUGACCAUGGACAGUCAACCGCAGUCCUCCUGGCUGGACUGGUUUGUUACAGGAAUUUGGUGGUCCAUACUGAUGAAAAUGUGCCUACCUUUUGUUUUGUUUUUUAUUUUGUUUUUCUGUUGUUUUAUAACUGUUAUACCAUGUUUGAAAAUGUUUAUUAAUCAAGCUCUUAAUGCUGCUUUUCGGACACACAGUACAAUGCUUCUCUCCCUUACUCAGAAUAUGGAGACAGAGCCUGUUUCCAGCGAUAGCGAUGAAGAAGACAUGUAAUUCAUAAUGACGGCUGAGCUGAAAGCACCCGUGCAGGGCUCGGACCUGAAGUAAUGGAAUUAGAUGUUUUUCUAUGAUAAACAGGAGGAACGACUCCUGAUGGUUUUCUGUACUCCACAGUUAGGAUGAUGAUGAUGUGAUCUAAAUGACGGUUGUACUGGAAAUGCUUUUGCAACUUGUACAAUAUUGAUGUUUCUGAUCAUACUGUCAUGAUAAACAGGAGGGACUGUUAGGUUGAAGAAACUGUUAUUAAUCAUUUUGUUAUCACUCCUGUAUGAUCAGCAAUGAAUGUAAAUAUGUAUAUACAUUAUUUUGUUUUCCCCUAGCCUCAUACUUUAGAUUAUAUUAAUAAUAGCAUUCCCACCUUAGCAAAACCAGAACUUUCUCUCACCUCCCUAUUCUGCAUGACUCUUGCGCCUCCCACUGACUAUAAAUAAAGGAGUCAAGGGGAACCACCCUUUGUAACACAUUCUGCUGUAGUUUGCAUUGCAGAGAGUGUGGGUACCCUUGCAAGUAAAAACUAUAAA